CUACAGGCCAAUGAAAGGCCCUGACUACAAAUAAAGCCCAGCUCAAGCCUAGUGCCUUUCUUUUUCUCUUGUUCUGGGUGUGUUUAAGUGUGAACAUUAGUCAUAGGGGCAAAAUUUGGCUUAGUACCAACGCGUGGGCACGUCGAAAGUGCGCUGCUGUGUGAAUUAUUUGCUAACGACAGCGGCAGAGGUUUUGAGAUCCCAACUCAGAUCCCUUUCAGGACCUUUUCUGUUACAGUUCUCUCCAAGAUGUUCAAAAAAUUUUCAUCUGAAGAUGUGUCUUCACAAAACCAAGUCAAAGCAUCUGUGCAGCGAAAAAUUCGGCAAAGCAUUGCAGAGGAGUAUCCAGGACUUGAGCCUGUAUUGGAUGAUUUGCUGCCAAAGAAGGCACCAUUAAUUGUUGCCAAAUGUCAAAACCAUUUAAAUCUGGUUUUAGUGAAUAGUGUUCCAUUAUUCUUCAAUAUUCGUGACGGACCAUACAUGCCUACCCUCCGACUCCUUCACCAAUAUCCAGACAUAAUGAAAAAGUUGCAAGUGGAUCGUGGUGCGAUAAAAUUUGUCCUUGCUGGUGCAAACAUAAUGUGUCCUGGUCUUACAUCCCCUGGUGGUGCUUUGGAUGAUGAAGUGGAAGCAGAAACUCCUGUGGCAAUAAUGGCUGAAGGAAAACAACAUGCUCUUGCUAUUGGCUUUACCAAAAUGUCAGCUAAAGAUAUGGCAAUCAACAAGGGAAUUGGGGUAGACAACAUGCAUUAUCUCAAUGAUGGUCUAUGGAAGGAGGUCUCGAAGUCGAAGCAAAUCAAUCUUAUGCAUUUUGUUAUUUCCCAGAUGGAGCGGUUAGAAUGAGCAUCUGCUAUGCCAGCCAGCCAUGUAAAAGUUAAAGAGAGACUUGAAGAAAGAAGUUAUAUACCUGUGGUCCUUCCUCUGCACUGCAGUUUUUCUCUAUUUUGAGAUGUUUGUAUCCAGCUGAAGGGAAUUACAUGAAUCUAUCAAUCUAAUACUGUAGAGAAAUCUUUGUUUCCCAUCUGUGGGCAUUUCAGCAAAAUAUAAAAGCAGAAUUUUGGAAUGAAUGCUAAUUAAACAGUAAGACUUGCAACAGUUUGGAUUGAAAAAAAAGGCAGCUAAACUUUGUUUGCCUGAAGGCCAUGCUUAUCUAUGCUCAUAUCUUUAUCUCAUUAUCUAGAACCCUUCCAUGUUAUCUUUUUAUCUUAUGGUGCAAGCCAAAGUUGGGUUAAAUCAUAAAAAUCAAUAGCUACAAGAAGAAUGAAUUUUCCAUUAAUAAUGCAACCUUUAUCAUUCUCUUACAUGUAGGUUAAUGGGU